ACAUCCGGGAAAAAAACGCAACGUCAACGAUGCAUCCCUCUCGCAGGCCGCUGCUGCUGUUGAUCGUCAUCAUCGCAGCCAUCGCCAACGUCGCCGUCGCCGACACCGACGCCUCGGACGAGAAUUUCUGCCCGGAUGACACGCGCGCUUUCCACCCGUGCACGUGCCGCCAGCUCUACGGCACCUACAUCCAAUGCGUGCGCACGGAUCUUGAAACCGUGCUCGCCCGCGUGCGCCGGUACAUCACAAGCCCCAUCGAACGUCUCGUCAUACGCGCCUCCAACGUUCCGAAGAUUCCUAACCACGCCUUCAGGGGCCUCAGCAUCCGUCAACUCUACAUCAUCGACAGUCGCGUGCAGCACGUCGGCCGUAAAGCAUUCGUCGACCUGAGCGACUCUCUUCAAGUACUCUACCUGUACGAGAACGAGAUAGUUCGAAUCCCGAAGGGGGCGCUCGCCGAGUUGUCCAACGUCGCUACGCUGUACCUGAACAAGAAUAACUUGACGGAGAUUCCAGUGGGAGCGUUCAAAGGAAUGAGCAAUCUCACCUACCUGUGGCUCAACGAGAACAAGAUAUCGUCCAUCCUGCCCGGAACCUUUGACGGCCUGAGCCGCGUCGCAAACAUCCGGCUGUCCGAGAACCGGAUCACGCACGUGUGUCCGGGCGCGUUCGACCAGACGCCCGAACUGGAGACGGUCCGGUUUGACGAGAACAUGAUCACGUCCGUGUCCGAGAGUGCGUUCAAUGUUACGCUGCUGCCGCGCUUCAGGGACCUGCGCCUGUCGAAGAACCCGCUGACUUGCGACUGUCGCAUGAAGUACGUGACCAAGGUCAGCUACGGAGUGCUGGGACGCUGCGAUGCGCCUGCGAUGAUGCGAGACCAGGAGCUGUCCAACCCGACCACGCCCUGGCACGCUGUGACAUGCACAGGAGACGAGGUGGGAAUCGAACACGACGGGAUCUGCUACCCAACGCCCGCGCCGAAAACGGAACCAGAAGUGACACCGAAGCCGGAACCGGUGACGGAGUCCGAGCCGGAACCGGAACCGGAAACGAAAUCGACUCUGUGGGCCGAGCCGGAACCGGAAACGGAACCUACGCCCAAGAUGGAGCCCGAGCCGAGCCCGAAAACGGGUCCGAACGAGGUGCCGGAACCGGAACCAGAAACAGAAACCGAAGGCGAGUCCACAAAACCGGAACCAGAGGCGAAACCGGAACCAGAGGCGGAACCGGAAACAGAAACCGGAGGCGAGUCCACGAAACCGGAACCGGAGUCCGAACUGGAGAAGGAAACCGGAGGAGAGUCCACAAAACCGGAACUGGAGUCCGAACCGGAGAAGGAAACCAGAGGAGAGUCCACAAAACUGGAACCGGAGUCCGAACCGGAGAAGGAAACCAGAGGAGAGCCCGUGAAACCGGAACCCGAGUCCGAGCCGGAGAGAGAGACUGGAGGUGAUCGUUUGACACCGGAACCGGAGUCGGUACCCGAGAGAGAGACCGGAGGUGACAGUAUCAGGCCGGAGUCUGAACCCCAACCAGUCAAGAAGAAGAAGACGAAGGAGGAGAGGAUGGAGAAGAGGAGGAGGGAAAAGGAAGAGAGGGAGAGACAGGAGAGGGAACGCGAGGAACACAGGAGGGAGGAAGCAGAAGAGGAAGAGAGGAAGCAGGAGGAAGAAGAGAGAAGGCAGGAGGAAGGAGAAGAGAAGGAGGAAGUGGAGAAGUCGCCGGCGGUGGAGGUCAAGGUCAACAAGCCCAUCGAAGAGCCAAAUGCGGAGCCGAAGAAUGGCGUUGCCGCAGCAACCGCAUCCGCCAUUCUCGCCGCGUCGUUAGUUGGAUCGGCGCUGAUCGCCGCCGCAUUGUAGGGGGCGCUGUGCGCGCGGGGAGCUUUAUUCAGGGGGCGCUGCACGUGGGCGUGCCAUCAGUCGUCCGAUUUUCGUCAGCGCGAAAGCGGAAAUUACGUAAAUUGGCGGAAAUUUAGUAAAAAUACGUAAAUUGACGUAAAUUACGUAUUUUGCCGAACACUUCGCGAAGAAACGGUUGUCAUGAUUGUUUAUCGUGUCGAUAUUUAUCUAUAAAGGGACGGACUAUAGA